AUGCUUCAAUGGAGGGGGGGGGGAGAACAGUCAAUCCAGCUUUUAAAAGAAAAUUCAAUAAAUAGCUAUUUUACAUGGACAAAGUGGUAUCAUGUAUGUCACAUCAAGCAUGCACAAAAAUGCUAUUAUACAUGGCAGACGCAGUCAAAAAAAUACGGAAUCAGAUCUAAAAAGACAGGAAGAAUUUACACAUAUAUACAGGAACCUUGCAGAUUAUUGCCUCAUUUUCACAAGGAAUUUAAAGUAAACAUCGCCAGCCCGCCAGCACUCUCUAAGAGGCUAACUAGCUUGGCAUCUAAACAUCUAUAA